CUUUGGCAGUCGUAACACGUUGAAUCAGUGCUUUCAUUUUGAAUUGUUUUUAUCUUCCUAAAUAUUGCUUAAAGAAAUAAAUUAAAAGUAAGAAAAACAAUUCCAACGUGUUGGUUUUGUUGCUACAGAAAAGAGGUUCUGUGUUAUGGUUGCUUUGACAGUUGAGCACUUCGAAAUAAAGUGUCAAAUCGACUGACACUGACGUUUCUGCAAACAUAAAAAUAAACACAAAUGCACGCAUCGCAAUGUUUACCUCAGCUUAAAAUUAGUUUUACGUUCUAAAUUUGUUGGAAAAAUAAGAAAAAUAGUGAUGGAAAUCACUUGCUAUGUUUGUAAUAAUCGAACAAAAGAAUGGACGCAAAAUCUUGCUGAAACAAAGUCCAAGCACUCUGGCACGCCGAUCACUGUGUUCAUCACUGGAUUCCUCAAGGAUUAUAUCUCUCUGCGAGAUAUAAAUGAUGUGACCAAUUGCAUUUGUUCGGAUUGUUUGAGUCGCAUUUACUCGUACGAUUGGAUGAUUUUGAAGGUGAAAGAGCAGGAAAGGGAAUUCCAUAUGUUACUUAUGUCGACGGAAAAGAAUUUUAUCAGCAGUCGGAUCAAAACAGAGGAUUUAGUUGAAUCGAAAGCAAAGAUUGCGAAUGGACGUAAAUUCAAAGAUGAGAGUAGCAAAGAAGUUAAGCCUGUAUCAGGCACCGAAGCACGGCAAACCGACACUCCCGGGGACAAUGUAAAGAGGAGCAAACCAAUCGUUGUACGAGUUGUAAAACGAGUUCCAUUUCUCAAAUCGAAACCAGUAGCUCUAGCAUCAAUAACAUCAAAAGCUCCAGCACCAAUAGAACCAACAGCUCCAAUACCAGCCAGUCUGAGUGAGCCGCCGUUGAAGAAACGAAUCAUUGAGCCAGAAACAAACAUAAUACAAGUUUCAGACGAGGAUGUGUCUCAAAGAUCAUUUGUUGAGGAUAUGUCUCAAGACGCUGUUCGAGAUCAAUGCCUAGAAACUGUUGAAAAUGCCAAAAAUGCCGAAAAUGUUGAUAGUCAGUCAAGAUGUUUUCGAUGUUUGCCUAGCUUCAAAUCAUCCAAAAAUACCAAAGGCAAGAGAUACUUUGAUAGUUGGGAAAUAGUCACUAAUCCGAGCAUUUUAUCAAGCAAUCAAUUGAAACGAUAUUGCACAUCGUGCAAACUAUUUUGUAAGAAAACAAAAUAUUACGAGAAUCAUAUGGCGAAGCACCAACGAACAUGUGAGCUGUGUGACAUAACUUUCAAAGCGGCCGAUGAACAUGCGGUUCACAUGGUAUGGCAUAAAACGCCGGAAGGUCUAAUGUGUCGAAUCUGUCAAUUUAAAUUGCCUAAUGAAGACGAACAUCGAAAACAUUUAGAUUUACACGAAGGAAAAUCGGAUCGUCAUUGUGUUAUUUGUGAUAAGGGUUACGCUACGAAGGCGAUUAUGAGAACUCAUGUGAAAAACCAUGGUGAACCAGAAGUUCUGUGCGAUCUUUGUGGGAAAGUAUUUUACGGCAAAGACACACUGAAGGUACAUCGAAGACUUCACAUUGAUGAAAAACAAUUCGAAUGCACAUUCUGUUCGAAAGCCUUCAAAACCAUGCAGUAUUUACGUACUCAUUUGCGAAUUCAUACCUCCACAGAACGACCAUUCAACUGCUCAUUUUGCGACAUGAGUUUUAAGCUCAAGGACCACUGGAGGGCUCAUGAAAGACGGCACAUCGAAAAUACAAAAACGGUAAAAUGCACACUUUGUUCGGCGGCUUUUGAACACAAAUUCCACCUGAAGCAACACAUGGAAAGGAGACACAGAUCUGAAUAACCACAAGGAACAACUGAGAAAACAUAUUUUUUUCUAAAACUAGAACAUGACGAAAUAUGUAUUGAAAUAUUCAUUAAAUAUAGUCCAUGAAGAUACUCUAAUCCUAAACGUGAACUACUAUAGUGAAUUACUAUCAAAAAUCGUCAAAACAAAACUUAUAUGUAGGUUUUGGUACUACAUAUGAAAUACAAAGCUAUUGUUCUAACUGUUCCAGUCGUAUAUGGAUAAUAUUGUAAUUUUGAUUCUAUUAUUCAGCGCACUUGCUCAUCAUUUUAUUAGCUUGAAUGUAUAAAGCAACCCAAGAUUUCUCUAUAUGCUAAAAAUAUCGUUGGUCAUCU